UCCUUCAUAUUUUCGUGUAUCUUCGCAGCUACCUGCUAUGCAGUAUCACCAAUCAGCUGUGCCUACCACUGGAUUCAACGGACUUAACAUGGCUGUGUACGCUCCCACGCCACUGCAACCCACCGUUCAAGCCAUCCAACACCAACCAGCACCUGCCGCCGCGGUACACCAUCAAACGACACCGUUCUACAUCGAAAAUAUUCUCGGACACACGCACACAAGCCCGGCGAGGCCGACGCCGACCAUCCCUACAGCAAGCAUUGGCGCAGCGAGCACAUAUAGACACUACCCUUAUUACGAACAUAGCACGCUGCCGUUAUCAGCACCCGCAGCGCACAUAAGUUAUGCCGGGAGUGCGUUCAGUUCGCCGUUCUAUUAUCCAUACAGUCGCCCAGAUCAACACUAUUCUCACAGUUUUCUGGAUCGGCACGAAGCACUGGUCGUGGCAGGCAAACCAAUGAUUUGGAAUCCGUUCAUACAGCGACCACUACACAAACGCAAGGGAGGCCAGGUCCGUUUUUCAAACGACCAAACUGUAGAGUUGGAAAAGAAGUUUGAAAACCAAAAGUAUCUUUCACCACCAGAAAGGAAAAAGUUAGCGAAGUCACUGCAACUUACAGAGAGACAGGUAAAAACAUGGUUUCAAAACAGAAGAGCAAAGUGGAGACGUCUCAAACAGGAAUUGCCGUCUGGAAAAUCAGAAAGUGACGACAACAAGGACUCUGCAUCCAGUAAAGCCAACACUGACCAUUGCAAAGACACAUCUCUAGAUUUAACAAGUAACCACAGCGACGAAACAAGUGAUGAUGACGAAAUAGACGAGGAUGAACGUGAUGUCAUAGACGUCGAAUCAAAUCAUACAAUACACAUCAUGCAUCAUGAUAGAAAAUAGUAUCAUUUAGUAACUGCCGUAGAGGGCGUGCCUACAAAACAAUGCAUUUUUACCGUGACACCAGUUGGGCUUGCCCGAUGUGCACGUCACCGGGACACUCUGAUGAAGAAAAAAAAAUGUUUUGACAAUAUACGGUAGUUCUCGUCGGUUGCGUAAGUGGGAAAAAAAUGUACCUGAUGAACGCUGGACGACCAACGUACUCGUAUCCUGCGUUUUGGCCUGAACAUGCAUGCGUGGGAAUCUGUUGAGUGCUGGCGCGGCCCGAGACUGAAUACGUGGCAUGGCCCGCUGUAAUAGCGACGUCUAUGAAUCAGAAACUUUAAAUCGAAUGCCAGCAUCGUACUUUUAUAGACUG